AUGACGCUUUCUCGUAACUCGACACGCGGCUCAGUCGAUGUCAAGGUUGGGAUCGAGUGGGAAGAAAAUGCCCCAGCCCGCGACCCUCUACUGGAGCGGUACGACCUCAUCAGGAAUAAGACCCCUGAAGAACUCAAAGCACUCGACAAAGCCGUUCGAAAACGUCUUGAUUGGAAAUUCCUACCCAUGGCUAUUUCGGGCCUUCUGGCUGCCGGUAUCCUCCAGAAUAUGGACGACAUAGCUGGAAUGUCAGCAUGGCAAUGGUUCCUGCUACUUGAAGGUCAGUUGCUGUGCAUAUGGUGA